AUGGUGGUGGACGUGGGCUUUGCCCAGAGUGCUAGUCGCAAGCAAAUGACAAAUGCGCCUCUCUGGUAUCUUGUUUACAACUUUCACAUUAUUCUUCUAUGUUUAUUAGCCAUUGUCUUUUGGGUCCUUGGGUCUCGGGCUCCCUUGCUCUACUCUUAUGACUUUGGCCAAUGGUUAUUGGCAAGUCCAAAGAUUGGCACCAUCAUCUGGACAGCAUGCGGCACCAUAAUAGCAGCUGUCUUGCUAUUCCUCCUAAAGUGCGUCUUGCUUCUCAUGAUGAAGCAAAGCGCACGUGUGGGAGCUAGCCUUUAUACUAUUGAAGGGUGGAAUAGACUUGCAUAUAAGCAGCCUCUUUUUGAGCGCAACCGGCCUUGGCUCUCCGGAUUCACUACCAUCAACUGGCUAGUCGCAUUACUCUUGACGACAGCGUUCACCACACUCCUUACCCCGACCAAAGUUGCGAUCACCGAGCCCCUUGUCGGCAAUGAGCUAGACUUUACAGCCCCGGUGUUCUGGAAAUGGUACAACACCAGGGAAAGCAAUGGGAAACCCCGAAGGAAGGUGUACGGAUGUAUGCGGUACACCUAUACUUCCCCCACCGGGGCCAUCACGUUCCCGACUUGUCCGAUUCCUGAUGACCCUGUUGCUGCCAUUUCAGCCGGGGUUGCCGCGGCUCAGGAGUCCUUGGGGGCCCAGGAUACCUCGGUCAGGAUUGUCGAUAGUUUGUUCAAGGGUUCGACAGGCGGGGUCCUCCCAAUGGGUCCUGGAGGCGUCACGGCAUUCAACAACAUCAGGUUUAAAUCAUGGGGCUCUGUACACUACCCCCAGUACAACUACUCACUCUCACAGCAAGGUCUUUCCGCACGGAUAUCCUGCAAGGAGACGCCAACUCUCUCCCGUACACAAAAUUUUCAGUAUGGGCGCACGGACCAUGCUGUUAACGUUUGCGCGGGACUUCCGCCUGUAGCCCUAACAGGCGCGCACACACGAAAAACUCUUCAACCUGUCGCCCUAAGCACCGUCACUACACGGAACGCCUUUCCUCGCAACACCCAUGUAUAA